GCCUCGUGCUUUUUUGUCCUUUGCCAGCAAAAUUGUAGACGAGCAGAGGAGUUUCGGCGUCGCCAGCAGCCUGCGGGUGUCUCGGUCGUGAUGGUGCAGUCUGUGGUGCUGCUGCUGCUGCUCGGACUCGUACCUGUCGUAUUGUGCCGGGCAGAGUUUGUUCCACCCACGGUGAAUAUCAGCCUGGAUGAAGAUCCAGAAGUGCGAUGGAUGCCUCUUCUGAAAAUCUUUGACAUAGAGUACCUCAAGAAAGCAGGCGCCGAGGUCAUUGAUACUACAGUUCCAAAAUGGGUCCAUCAUGCAAUUAUACCUGUAGUGGCGGCCUUGGAGAAGUAUGUUCCUCAGCCUUAUGCAGGGGAGAUCCGUGGUAUGGCCUCAUACUUUGGAGGAAGCAUCUCAGAUGUCAUCAUUCUCAACUUUGCCUAUGAAAUAUCUGCAUUUUGCACUAGCAUCGUAGCUCAGGACAAAAACGGACACGUGUACCACGGCAGGAAUCUUGAUUAUCCACACGAUGUUCUGAGGAAUCUGACCAUCGACAUAAUUUUCCUCAAGAAUGGAGAGGUGGCAUACCGUGGAACUUCUUUUGCUGGCUAUGUUGGACUGUGGACAGGACAGAGUCCUAAUAAAUUUACCAUCUCUGGCGACCAACGAGGCACCGAACACUGGUGGAACUGGUGGAAGAAUGUGGUGUCUGCUUUCCUCCUUCAGAGAUCCCCGGUCAGCUGGCUGGUGAGGGAGACACUGGCGGAAGCAGAGAACUUUCAGGAUGCAGUGAUGCGUCUUUCCAAAAUUCCCAUCAUCACUGGGGUGUAUUACAUUGUGGGUGGGGUGCGAGCUGGGGAAGGGGUCGUCAUCACCAGAGACCGAGCGGGCCCCGCUGAUAUCUGGCCACUGGAUCCUGUGAAUGGAGAAUGGUUCAGAGUGGAGACAAACUUUGACCACUGGCGUCCUCCCCCAGCCAGGGAUCAUCGAAGGGACGCAGCCAAAAAAGCACUAAAUGCUACUGGCCAAGAUCACAUAAACAUGGAUACACUUUAUCAGGUUUUGUCGCUGUAUCCAGUGUGUAAUCGAAUUACUGUUUACACAACAACAAUGAGUGCAGCAACUCCUGAGAAGUACAAAACACUUGUCAGGCCACAGGGCUGCAUUAAGACUGACUGAACUUCUGAACAACGCACUGAUUUCUGCUGCACUGUAUCUGAACUUAACAACAUAGUUAUAUGCCAAUUCAUGAUUAUGUGGAGAUGAUAUGAUGAUGAUAGUUGAGACUAGAAGGGAUUGUACACAUGCAUUUUUAGGGUGACAGCACGUUUCUGCUUCUAAUUAAUCAAAAAAUGUCGUGACUGUUUUUUACACAUGUACAUGCAAUUUAUAUGUCAAGCCUAAUAAAACAUUUUUAAUACUGAAA